GACUCUCUGAUGAAGCUAAGGUAGUGAAGUAGCUCAUUGGCUCUACGUCACAUUGCUGCUGCCUCUUGUUUAUGGUUCGUUGUACAUUAAAUGCUUCUAUUGAGGCUUAAAGUAGUUCCAGUAUCCAGGUUGGGUCUGAGAACAUGAGUGUCGCAGAGAAAACGUGAGACGUACGUCCUGUCCGCACUCCUCAGUGUUGACUUAGCUCCCCUUGGUACCUGUUUCCGCUCUUUAGCAUCAUCUUUCGCUCUGCUACCAACCCAGCAGCGAUGUGCACGGAGGGGGGCGAGGUGCAGGACGAUUGCGGCUCCCGGGAGGAGUGGACGCUCCUCUUCUGGACCUCUGUGGCCGUCGUCGUUCCGGUGAUCAUCACUUUGUGGUGCAGCGCCCAGCGCUCCAAGCGAAAAACGCACAUGAGGGGUUUCUUUCGAAAGAGCAAGCACGGCUGGCACUACACAGACCUGUUCAACAAGCCCACCUACUGCUGCGUCUGCUCGCAGCACAUCCUCCAAGGGGCUUUCUGCGACUGCUGUGGCGUGUGUGCCGAUGAGCAGUGCUUGCGCCGGGCUGACCGGAGCCUGCCGUGCAAAGAGAUUAUGGCCCCCUCCGGCCCUGAUGGAGCCGUGGAGCACCGCUGGGUCCGCGGAAAUGUCCCUCUGGCCAGCUACUGUGCAGUGUGCAAACAGCAAUGUGGGACCCAGCCGAAGCUCUGUGACUUCAGGUAGGCGAUGCUACAGGUACAGCUGCAAAUAUAAGUCGAGGGGCUCAAAAUAUCUGUUUUGUUUCGUUUUGUUUUGUUUUGUUUGUUUGUUUGCAAACUCCGAAAAAAAGCUCAAAGUGCACACACAGAUAUAUGAAAUGUUGAUGAAAACUGUAUCAACCACCACUACCACGCUACGUGGGCCUCUUAAAGCUGCCAUGGUACACAACCUCAUUUCUAAAUCUGCCUUUAAUUUGCUCUAAUGGAUUGAUGCUGCUGCUGCUGCUCUAUGUUAAAGAGAUGACACAAUGACAUAAUCUCAUAAUAUCAGACAGAUUGUUAUACUAAUCCUGAAAACAUCAGUCUCACAGUUCAGGACUGCUGCUGCUUUCAGCAGAAAAUGCUUUUGUAUAUUUUCACACAACUGCACUUUUAGGAUAUGGCAUACUAUGUUGAUGAAAACUGAAUUUGAUGUUUUUUCUUCUUGUUUUUUUUUUUUUUUUUAAUGAACUAAAGACUGUAUUUGAUUGGCAAUUUUCAAAGACAACUUUAAAAAUGUUUCAACUGAAAAGUUCCAGUUAUAUUAUGAAAAUACAGUUUUCAGUAUUCAAAACUGUCUGAACAGAGGGAUAUUUACCAUGGAUUGUCAUCUCAUCUGCAUUGAACACUCUGUAAACAUGGAAACCAGGGAGACCAGUUUUUGAGUUUUGAAUUUUAAAUCUUGUUCCAUUUUUGCCUGAUGUAAGAUGUCAGCUGCAGCAGAUCAGGACUUCCUUUGACGUAUUGUUUGUGUCACCAUGGGUCAAAUGUUUUUAAUGGGUGACAGGGGCUGCAGACUACAAGCAGGCCACUUUAGAACCCGGACUCUUUUACGACAGAGCCAUGCUGUGUUGUGAUAUGUGCAAAAUGUAAUUUGAAAAAUCAAAACCUUUCCAAAACUUUUCCAGACAUAUGAGUUGCCCAUGCCAUGGCCACUUCUGUAUCUGAGUACUAUCACAAAUGCUGACUUUGAACUGCGAGCUGAUGCCAAGUCAGGCUGUCCCUCUCUUCUACAGAGCAGAGGAUAGGGCAUUUAUGGUUUCCAAAGAGAGUGUAAAGUUUUAAUCAGUCAGACCACUGCGUCAUAGUUUAUAUGGUUUCCUCUUUGUAUGGUACUACAGUUUUAAUGGUUCACAGGUGGUUUUGGUUUGUAAUCUUUAGCCCAUGCAGUGAUUUCUACUACAGGGUCAUGGCUGUUUUUAAUGCGGUGCUGGUUGAGGGCCCAAAGCUCCCAGCCACCCAGUGUAAGCUAUCGACCCUGUCCCUUUUGCAAAGAGAACCCUCCUGAUCCUCUAAAUCUUUUAUUUGAGGUAGAUAAUGAAAUGUGAAAAUUCUCUGCAGUUUCAUGCUGAGAAAUAUUAUUCUGAGACUAUCUACUCACGCAGUUUCUCACAGACUGCUGUAGUUUUCUCCAUCUUUACCUGUUACCAUUGUACACUGCUUACUAUUUGUAAUUUUUUUAAAUAAAAUUACAAUUUAUUUAAUAACAAUUUUUCAUAAAUAGUAUACAGCAUCAAUAACAAUAACAAUAACAGAACUACAAAUUUCACCCAAACCUGUCCCCUCCCAGUACAAACCUUAUAGGUCAACUCUUACCUACAUCCCUAAUAAAAAAAUGAAAAAAUAAAAAAAUAAAAAUAAUAACAAUAAUAAUAAUGAUGAUGAUGAUGAUGAUGAUGAUGAUGAUAAUAUAAAAGAAAAUAUAAAUGCAAAUAAAUAAAAGGAUAAAAUAAAAUAAUGAUAACAAUAAUAAUAGUUCAAAUAAUAAAUAAACAAACAAGUUAAAUAAUUAAAUAAAACAAAAAAAUUACAGCAAAAUACAUGCAGCACCACCACACCACAUUGACAGUACUCAUCUCGUUAUCUGUGAGAAGUUAUCCAGAUACAUUUUAAAGUCAUUUACACUGCGUCCUACCUCUUGUAGGAUUGGGGUUGUAUUCUCUGACAGGUGUGUGUAUCUCUGUCAGGUGUGUGUGGUGUCAGACCACAGUGCAUGACGACUGCAGGGACUGCCUGGAGGACUCGGACCAGUGUGACCUGGGCGAGUUCCAUAGCCUCAUCAUCCCUCCUCACUACCUCUACUGCGUCAACAAGCUCCGCCGCCGGCACCCUGACGAGUAUAUCAAGGUGCUAAACAGGAGCUCUUACUGCUGGAUUAACGCGGUGUUUGAGGACUGUUUUGAUGUCAUGUGUGUUUGUUUGUGUAGCUGGCAUCCUCCUGUGGCAGUGGCUGGACUCCAGUAUUAGUCUUGGCAAACACACGCAGUGGUAACAAUAUGGGGGAAGCUCUGCUGGGAGAAUUUCGCACCCUUCUCAAUCCAGUGCAGGUGAAUCUUUAUCUCAGAUUGUGUGAGAGACUGAAUCAUCCUUUAAGCUAACCUGCAGUUUCACCCUUUUUCAUGGGAUUAUUCAGCAGUCUAUUUCUGUAAAAACUGAGACAUCUGUGUUUUUCCACUCUGUCUUUAGGUGUUUGACCUGUCUGAGCUGACUCCCCCAAAAGCCCUCCAGCUGUGCACCCUGCUGCCCCCAAACAGUGUCAGGGUGCUAGUGUGUGGGGGUGAUGGCACAGUGGGCUGGGUGCUUGACGCUAUCGACACAAUGAAGCUGAAGGUGAAAAAGGUUUAGUUUAAUUUUUUUAAAUCUCCUGAGCUCUUCACCUCCUGCUUGAUAAUAGCACUGCUGCUCUCUUACAUCCUGUUGUCAGGGCCAAGACCAGUUCAUCCCAAAGGUGACCAUCCUGCCACUGGGGACAGGAAAUGACCUUUCCAACACCCUCGGCUGGGGUGCUGGGUAUGCAGGAGAGAUCCCUGUUGAACAGGUUCUCCGUAAUGUCCUUGAUGCUGAGGUGGUCAAAAUGGACAGGUGAGAUGCUGGAGUAGUUUCAGGCUCUGAUUUGAGGAGAGUUUCACAGUGCUGUAUCACUUUCCUAGCUUGUAAAUAUUCACUUGAUUAGCAGACAGUUUUUUUUAUAGAGUCCUCAGUCUAAAAGCUGUUAGAGUUUUUCGGAUAUGUCAACACCCGUGGAGCUAAUUGGCAGCCAGAGAUUCUGGUUUAUGUUGACCUGGGUUGUGUCCAGGUUUGUUGCUCACGUUUGGGACACUUGCAUCACGGUCUCUCACUUAGGAGGUCUAAUAGUUGAGGGGUAGACAUUCUUUUUGUAUACAAACUGAUUCCAGGGUUUUUACUGUCAAGAUUCAGUGCGGUCACUAUUCUUCUUCUCAGCUGCAGCAACUCAAAGCUCCUGAAGAGAACUUUCUGUUUGUGCCAUUUUUUUUCUAAAUUCCUAGCUGCAGCCUGUUUGUGUUUCUUUCUUUCUUUUCUGUCCUAAGCCCACAUUUAUUCACCUACAUUUCCUCCACAGAUGGAAAGUGCAGGUGGCUUCGAAAGGACUAUACUUUCGCAAACCAAAGGUAAGCUUCUUCUCUCUGACUUGUCUUUUGACUUCUUUUUGUGGUAUUCCUCAGAUGUGUCGUUACUCAGGCUACAUGUGACAGGAUUUGGGGUGAAUCUUGACAGACUUUAUGCACUUGGUCCCCAGGUUCUGUCCAUGAACAACUACUUCUCUGUGGGGCCUGAUGCUCUGAUGGCGCUCAACUUUCACACACACCGUGAGAAGACUCCCUCCUUCUUCUCCAGCCGCAUCAUCAACAAGGUUAGAAGUCUGAGUCUGAAUUAUCCAAAUACAUGAACCGCAUUCAAAUGUGCAUUGAAUUUGACUAUAAUUCAAAAGCAUCGCCCCUGAGUGUCCUCACUGUGAACAUGUCUUAUUAAAGCCUUCUCUUUUUGUCUCUUAGGCUGUGUAUUUCCUCUAUGGCACCAAAGACUGUUUAGUGCAGGAAUGUAAAGAUCUGGAUAAGAGGAUUGAGGUACACUAGCAACAUUCAUGGGAUCCACUGUUGAGUCAUUUCUUACCUCCCUCUCUCAUAAGGAGAAUCAGACCAAAAAAAAGAGCCUGUUUUCAGGAUUUCCAAUAUUUAAAAAAAGAAUACAGCCACAUUAUUUAUUCAACUCUGGAGCUAUCUUAUUAUAUUUUUAUACUUGAAUUAAUUAAAAGCCCCACUGUUGUUUAGUUCUAUAUGAGUCAUGAGCUCCAGUUUCUUAUUUGCAAAUUCUACACAAAAUGAAAUACUUUGAUUUAAAGCCAACUACAUUUUCAGUACGAGAGCACACUCUGUACAAAUAAAACAACUGUGUGCAGCUUUGGUCAAAGCUCUCCCUUGACCUCGGUAGAUUUGAUUUAGGAUUUCUUGUCGCCUACAGUCUUCAUGCUGAUCUAAGUUUAUGGACUCUAGAUGGAUGUUUACCAGGGGCUCCAGGAUAUUAAAAGACAAUCAUAUGAGGCAUAUUUGAGAUGUUAAGAUGUGGUAUAGAAGUCAUGAUGAGUGGGAAUGACCGUUUUAGCAUCUCAAUUUCACCCCAAACUCAAGAUGUGAUUUGCUUUCUGAUUAACAUGAGAUUUUAGCUCUCGUUGUAAUUUUGCAUGGCAGAAAGGACAGGGUGAACAGAUUUACGUGGUUGCUAACUCUUUCAUACUGUCUGUGGGUGUUUCUGUAACAGCUGGAGUUGGAUGGGGAGAGGGUGGAGCUACCCAGUCUGGAGGGCAUCAUAGUCUGUAACAUUGGCUACUGGGGUGGAGGCUGCAGACUCUGGGAGGGUAUGGGAGAUGAACCCUACCCCCCCACACGGUAAGACCUGCCCUGCUGUUGUACAAGACAGUGACAUGUAGUUAACACUGAUAGCACAAAUGAGGCAGUUUCCAGGGUUAAAUGAGCCACAUAUUCAGCAUAAGUGAGUGAGCUCUAGUUAUUGUUUAGGCUCUAAUGUAAGCACUUAAGUGUUAAAAUCAAAAGCUGCAGGUAACCAUAGCAACCAGCCAUGAGCAGCAGUAUUGUUUCCUGUCUCACCCUGCAGGCUGGAUGAUGGUCUGCUGGAGGUGGUGGGUGUGUUUGGCUCCUUUCAUUGUGCGCAGAUCCAGGUCAAGCUGGCCAAUCCUGUACGGCUGGGACAGGCUCAUACUGUCAGGGUGAGCAGAUACCACCCACACAAACACACGCCAUUAAAACCCAGGCACAUUAUUAACAUGGCGCUGCUUCCUGUUUGCCUCCAGAAGUGGGCGACCAGACAGAUAAUAGAGGAGUAAGAUCUUUUUUUUUCACUGCCAUUCGCAUCGUCACAGCAGUGGAAAACCAAAUGACCAAUUAUCACAUCAGACGUAUUCAGUCCAGCUGCUGCAUGUCCACUAACAAAUACAUUCUUAUAAUAUAUCCUUUCAUUUAUCAAAGAGAGUAACAGAUGUACAAUCUAAAAAAAUGAAGCCCAAAAGAUCAAGACUGUCACCUUUGUGCUCAAGUAUUUAUCAUAACGGCCGCCUCCAUGGUAACAGAUGGGAAAUAGGUCAAACAUUACAAGCUUAAAAGUGGAGUAGGCAGGAUUCUGUUAAAGAAGCAUCUUCUUUGUGGCGUAUAUACAAAAAAGCUUCUAAUUUCAGUCAAUAGCAAUUAGUUAUUUAUGACAUUUUUUAAUAUAAUGAUAUCGCUGUGUCAUGUCUGUGUAGUCAACAUUUACAUUUUUUUCGAGUGGCCUGGGGCCUGUUCUACGAAGCAAGUUCAACCUAGCGAGGUAUCCUUGGAGCUACCUCGCUCAACUUAGCGCGGUAGCCAGCGGUCUCGCUAAACGGUCUUACAACGCUGGUUAUUAACCUCAUAAGUGGAUUCAGCUUUGCUAUGAGUGCGUGCACACAUGUAAGGCGGAGCCCGCCGCAUCUGACCAAUCUUGAACAUGGACCAGUCUGGAGCGUCACAGCAGGCCGGAGAGCGAAGGACAGCGGACUUUACAAAUGAGGAGCAGGAGACGAUCAUGAGAAAGUAUGAAGAAUUCAAAUCUAUCAUAAACCUCAAAAACAACACCGUCGCCGCUGCAAAAGCACGGAGGGAAUGCUGGCGGAAAAUUAAUCUUUGAUGCCAUUAUCACCCUGAAAUAGCACUGUCCAACAUGUGCUUUUAACAUGCACCAGACAUGUCUAAUUCAUUUCCAAGAUGAAUUCAUUCAUUUGUUCAUUCCUAUCAUGUUUACAUUUUUUGUGUGAUAUGUCGGCCAUAUGAGCCUUUCAUAAAGGUGGUCAUCCAGAAAAGUAAGUGGGUCUGUGCGGUCCCUGAAAACUCUUGCGCGCCGGAGUGCUCCUCGGAUAAUGCGAGCACUGAGGUCUAUACGAUCCUCCAAGAACAGACAAGCCAUUUUUCGAGAGAGCUCAUUGGUCAGUGGGCGUAGUGUUUGUCCAUGGUCAGAGAAGAGUCAUGUAUGGUCAAAUACUGUUCUGAACUUUAAUGUCAUAGAUGCUGACCAACAUCUGUCUUUUAAGCUUGGAGCUUUACAAUUGUUGUUCAUAUUCAUUUGAAAGAACUACAGAACGGACAAGUCAGCAUUAGACUGUGUAUCCACCACUAUUGAGCAGACAAAAACCUCCCCUCAGACUGAUUAGGGUGUUUUCUUUCUCUCUCUAGCUUGUUCUCAAGAGCUCCAAGAUGCCCAUGCAGGUGGAUGGAGAGCCUUGGGCCCAGGGUCCCUGUACCAUCACCAUCACCCACAAGACCCAGGCCUGUAUGCUGUACCACAGUGCUGAGCAGACAGAUGAUGACGAGGACGAAACAAGCGCCUCUGAAACAGAGAGCCCCACCCCACAUGACUCACCACGUCCCCCUGGGCCGGCCUCUGCUCGUGCAUGACUCAUGGCUGACUUCAUGUGAUCUGAUGCUUUCUUAAUCCCAGUUACUUGGUUUUCUCCGCAGCCCAGUUUCCACUAACCCUCACUUAGGAGGUGUUUGAGCUCUUUGUCUGCACUCAAUCAUGUUGAUGAGAGUAGCUCUUAGUUCCCUAGAUAAUCAUUUUAUUUAUUCCCAGACAAUUUACAGCUAUCAGAGAGGUUGAUUUGGAUUCGGGCUGCUCUAAUCUGCUUUUUUGUGUUUGUGUUUGCUGUUUAUUGUAACCCACAGCUCAGGCAGAACCAUCUCCACAGGCGAGACAGUCUGGAGGAGGUGAAUGUUUAGGAGGAAUAUUGCUGGUCAUUUGCACUGAUCCUUUGUGCCAUAGAUAUCUUUAGUCCACUCUACUGUAUUUAUUAUUCAUGCCCAGUGCAGCCCUGCAGGUACAAGUGAGCCGUUUUUAACAAGUUACCCAAAGUCAGUUGACUGAACCUCUUUAAGCCAUGAGUGGAUCGACAGCAGAGGGACAGGAGGCGAGGCAGGACAGCCCUGCACUGAAUCAAGGUGGAGAUUUGGCUUCAGGAGUAUGUUAAGCUUUACACCACUGAGUGAUUUCUUAUUACUCCAGUAAGAGCACAAACUAACAGCACACGCACACCCAUAAUUUACAGAACAUAGGAGAGCUUAUAGACUCCAGCUGAUGCAAGUCAAACUGUACUUGCUGUCUGUUAAAUCCUCCUGAAAUCCUUCAAAGCUUUUCAGCACAAUCUUGACCAUUUUCAAGUGUCACCUGCAUUUACGCCCAAGUUAAGGUCUUUCUGUCGUGUAGCAAAAGGAGGCGAGGGUUCUGUGACAACAAUGCAACAUGCUGUCAAUCACUGGACUUUGAUUCUGGUUUGUUUAUGUCAUGAUGCACUGUCUAAAUUAGAUCGCCAAACUGUUAGAUUGUACAAAGAUGCAGUCUCAUAGCUAUACUAAGCUGUCCUGUAAGAGCUACAGGACAUUACUGCCAAGAUGUUCAGAGGAUUAAUUUGCCUACAUGUUACGCCUUUUGUUUUUCCUCUCUUUACCUUGUUCCUGUUGUUUACAUAUUUUGUGCUGCAUAGUUUUGGCACUUACACUGAUGAAUAUAUUAUAACACUGCUUAGAAAAUAAGACUGAUAUGAAACCAUUAUCAUGUUGCUGCAGUUAGAGGUAACUGCUGACGAGAUUAAGCUCUCCUCCAUUGUUGUUUAUGUUACUCAAGUCACCCUGUUGCGUUUUACCAUGUAUUUAAUACCAAAAGGCACCACAGGGUGGCAGACUAGAGCAGUAUUUCUGUAGACAGAAUGGAGCUCUUACAUACAGGUGCAUCUCAAAAAUUAGAACACCGUGAAGAUUUUUAUUUAUAAAUUAAAAACUAAAGUUUCCUCUAAUUUACAUAUCAUUCUAUUCUAUUCUAUUCUAUAUAUGUUCAUGACUUUUAAAAAGAAAAAAAUUCAAGCCAAUUAAAACAAAAAAAUUAAGUUGAGUUAGACAUACAGAAAUGCCUUUAGAAAAGUACACUCUAUGUACACUCUAUACUUGAUUGGAGCUAAUUUAUCAUGAUUUAUGGCACGAAUGUGGCAUGACAUGGAGGUAAUGAGUCUGUAGCACUGCUGAGGUGUUAUUGAUGUCUGUGUUGCGUUGAUAUAAGUCUUCAUUUUGUCGAUAUUUAUGGAUUGAGUGUUUCUCACCUUCCUCCUGACAAAUAUGAAGGGUCUCACUGAGUUAGCUGGCCAUUCAAGUACUGUUAAGUGGCAGCAAACCAAUCAGCUCAGUUUUGGCGCUGUGGGCAGGUGCAAUAUCCUGCUUGAGAGGGAUAUCAGCAUCUCAAUAAGACAUACAAGAGGAUGAAGACUUUGAUAAAACAUGCACAACUUCAUUACUUUCAUUCAGCUUUCCUUUUAUGUGCUUUCAUGAACUUUAUUGUGAUAGUCUAAUUUAUUGAGAUGCUCCUGCAUGUACUGGCUAAAUUUAACACCAUCAGCAUUAUAAGCAUUUCUAUGUAGCCUUCUUUUAGUCUUUUGGUCGGUCCUGUAUGGCACAGACUGGUUGACCCUUGCUCACAGCCAUGAUAGAAAAAGUCUAAAAAUGUGAGUGUGUGCUUUCUAAUGAGCCCAGAGCCAGUGUGCUGCUGGUAGUCAGACUGAACAGGGAUCAGUUUCAGCCGUGUGAUGAUGCCUAUACACCCCCACUACAGGUUUCUUUCCCCUCUGUCUGUUUGCUGAAUGAUUUCAGUCUGAGGGGCACCUGUUUGAUCUUCUACCUUAUCAUCUGUGUUUACCAGUUGUCUGUUCAUUGCGCUGGCAGGUUUUUAGCAACACUAGCAGCUCACUAGAAAUAGACGAAAUGAAUACUUUAAAGUAUGAUCCCUUAUUAAUAAUCAGGAGAGUUAUGAUUUAUUUUGAUUCAGUGAUUGAGGAAUCAUCUCUGAUAAUGAAUCGAGAACUAUCUUAAACUCAGAUUUGUGCUGACUACAUUUCCUUGAACUAAAGCUGGACUGAAAGUUUACGAUGUGCCAGCUUGAAAGUUUGGACUCUGAAAAAAAUAACAGAUUUAGAUCAUUUUUCAAAUCAUUUGUGAUGGGGAAAGUUAUGUUGCAUCCCCUUAAAACAACAGUUUAGAUUUGGGAACCUGAGGAGAGCAGCCUCUGACUAUUAAAAAAAUGUUGCCCCGUCUUACCUAAAAACAUUUCAGCUGCCCAACAGUUUAGGAGUUAUUUUGCAGCAAUUUUUGUUUCAUGAUGUGCAAAAUGAUUCCAGCGGGUGAUUGGUCUGGACUGCCCACAAAUCAUUUUAUCACCAGGACUUUUCAGCCACUGAGUCAUGCUGUCGCAAUACCUCAACACUGCAGUUUGGCAUCUUCCUACUGAAAUAUGAAGGCCUGCCCUGAAAAAGUCAUUGUCUGGGUGGGAGCAGGUCUUGCUCCAAAACCUGUAUACAUUGUUGAGCAUGAAUGGAGCCCUCACAGAUUUGCAAGUUAUCCAUGUCAAAGGCUCCUCUGCAUCUCCAUACCAUCAGGGAUGCAGGCUUUUGAACUGUGUGCUGAAAACAAGAUGGGUGGCCCCUCUCCUCAGUAGAAGGAAGAUAUAGACUAUACAGAGUGGUUCACAAAGAUGGUGUUGAAAGAAGAGGUUGUGCAAACAGCCCUCACUUAAAAAAAAAAGGGUUGUCAACGUCAGCUCUAAAAUGUGCGUUAGUUUUUCAUGGGUCAGGAAAACUGUCUAGUUUCAUGUCCUGCCCUGUUUUCUAACAAAUAUAGCCUUUAAAGGAUUCACAGACCCUCACCUUUAAUGGAAGAGAGGUUGUAACUCCUUACUGUAUGCAUGGCAGCAAAGGCUUAUGCAUAGGCUUUUAAUUUUUGUUUCAAAAGCAUUUGAAGUUGAUCACAAAUUUUCAAUGAAGACAGUCUUGACAUUGUGUUUAAAAAGGGUCACUGUUGGAUGCAAAUUAAAAAGGCAAUCUCACCAAUUGCAAUUUCCAUCAGAUUAAUUGAGCACUCUGACCCCUUUAUGGUUUGGUUUUCAUAACUCGUUAUGUUUAUCAGUUUGAUCCAGUGUGAUUACAGCCGUAUUUGCUAAUUGUUUUCAUUUAAGCUAUGUCUACAGUAUGUGGCCAACAUAAAAGACCCAAAGGCAACUCAGUGGCUCGCUAGUGUACUAGCUGAGCAGCUUAAGUGUCACAAAGCCCUGAGGUUGUGCAUUGUCCCACCCUGCUUUGUUGUGAUUGGCUCUGAAAACUGUCAUUAGCAGAAGGGGAUCUUGAAAAAGUCUGAUGUCUUACUAUUAAGAGCGAGAGAGACUUAGGGAGUAAAUCAGGCUGCAUUGUCGGGCCAAUCCCAGGACAAACGCUGUAACUGAAAUUCAUAGAAAACAAGAGAAGCAGUUUUUGUGCUUUGACCCAACUUAUUAUGUGGUUCUGGUUAGAAGAGGUUGCAGGUUUGGUUUCUGUGGUGUAUAUCACAACAUGAUGCAUCAAUAAUUACCAAAAUGCAGGGACUGAAGAGUUAGAUGCUCAAAAUUAAAUGUUUAAGUGGAACAUAGGCUGGUUUAAAAAUUAUUUGAAAACCUCCACGCCCCCUACUGUUGACAAUUUUUUUUGAUCAUACCAGUCUUUUAGAGAACCUUAUAAUUACAGAAUAAACCUGAAAAGAGCGCCUCUGACAUGAUGCAAUGUACAGUGUCAUGCGUCCAAAAACUGCUACUGCACAGAGAACUUACUGCUGGCGAAGUGAUAUUGUGACAUUUUUUCACAGCACCACCAUCACAAUGUCUAACACCAGUAGUAAAUAGAUAAAUAAAUCUCUGCCUGUCAGGUUGCUAGUGUUGCUAAAAAUUGUCACGUGUCAAGGUUAGUGUUGACUGUGUUACUGUUAUUAAUGUUUCUCAUUCAACACUGUCUUUUUAAUCAACCAGUCCGGGUAGGUGUAUAACAAUACACAUGUAAACUGAAUUUGGCACCAAUUUUACCCCCUUGUCUGCUACAAAAAUGCUUUCAACAUUAUAGAUUAUAAAAAGCUUAUUUCAGUGCUAUUAGCAUAAAAAUAAAAAAAAAGCCUGUAAAACUGGUGGGAGUAAAAAGGAGGAAGUGACCACAAUUUUGACCAUCUGAUAUGAAAGAAAGCCUUUUGUUGUCUCUGCUGAAGAGAAAAUACAAAAACUAUCAGUGUGGAUAAGCAUUUAUUAGGAACAAACAUGUUUGAAUGUCAGGACUGAAUGUUUGGCAAAGAUGCUACAGCUGAAAAUGAAAACAGAUAUGGAUUGAACUGAAUGUAUCAAUGAGAUCUUUUGAAUUUGAAGAUAAACCCAUAAAUAUUUUUUAUAUACAGACCAUUUUUCUCUGUGUUCUAUUUCGAUAUUUUUGUGAAGAAAAUUAUCUGCUGUUUUCUUUUACCAGAGAUCCUUGAAGACAUACUGUAUGUUUCCAGUGGGUAGAAGAAAACCAUUAUGAUGAAGUUGUAUUUGAAAGUGUUGAUUAUCCACUGUGAACCAUGCAGAGAAAUGUUACCAGACUGGGUGAAUCAUUUACAUGCAAAUUCUAUAGUGCAGCACAUUUUUCAUUGUACUGAUAAACUAUCAAGACAGCACACCCUCUACCAUGUGAUUUAGUGACAACCUCAACAUUUACAAGAGCAAAGAGGACCACUCCUGAAUCUACUUCUUGUUUUUAGGAUGUGGAUUUCCUUUGGAGGACUUUCCAGAUGGAGGAUGGCCGUGAGGAUGAUCUCUCUUGCUGGAGUCAGACCCUUUGGCACUUGGUUUACCUCCACCAUGAGCACCCUGAGGCUUGUUCUCUUGUUCUGGAAGAAUAUAUAAGAAGGACCUCUUAACUACUUGGCUUUAGUAUGAAACAAAAGCUGAUAACCAAACAGAUUUGUAUUCAUAAAAGCUGUGCUCUUUCAAAAAUUACAGUGUAGAACUGCAGAGUAAAAAAACCUAACCCAUGCAAUAACAAAUCAAACUGGAGGAGCCUUUCAGGUUGCAAACAUCCUGGCACACAGGUAAUUCAGGUUGUGUAGGUAUGACAGUGCGUGCUAAGCUGAUGUUUUUGGAAACAUUUUUUUUGUAUACCCUUCCAAGUUGCCCAUCCCAAAAGUUCAGGUUCAAAAACAAAGUCGUUCUUAUGACAAGUGUGACUUUGAAAAAAGAUUGUUGUGCAACUAGAUUAAGAGAAGCCAGUAAGUCUCGAACAGCUGAAAAUGAUCGAAAAUUGAAGGAUGCAAAGCAUUCGUGACAAAAUGUGAAGCUUACCUACAGAGUCAAAAAUAUGGCCCAUGUGUUACUAAUACAUUGAAUUUCUGUAUUUGGUGUCCUGGGAACAACAAGUGCAAAUCUGGUUUAGAUGUUCUGUAUUUUAAGGCACAGACCUCGUAAGGAGAUGGUAUGACUGAAGAAGAAAAAUUCCCAUCAUAAAAAUAUGAAAAAAGAGACAUACUGUGGAAUGGCCUGG